UAAAUACGCCCAUCGAGAGCGUAGAAAUGACAGACAAUAUAUAACAUGAAACGUGUCUGCCAACAACCAAUGGAUUUCGUCGCAUUUUCGAUGUUCGUCUAUCGGUCGCCGCGAGCAUCCAGCGACACAUAUCCAGCAAAUCAAUAUCUGAUUCAGCGGAGACAAUUCUAGACAUUAGGCAGAGUGAUUUCUCAUCAUGGCUCCGUUCCUGCGGAUUGCCUUCAAUGAUUUUCAACUGGGAGACCUUUCCCCUAUGACAGAGCAACCAUUCUGUGCCAUCAAGAUGAAGGAAUCACUCAGCACAGAGCGGGGGAAGACACUGGUCCAGAGGAAACCCACUAUGUACCCUGCAUGGAAAUCCCCAUUUGACGCACACAUCUAUGAGGGCCGUGUCAUACAGGUGGUCCUGAUGAAAACGGCAGAGGAGGCUUUGUCGGAGGCCACGGUCGGGGUCUCUGUCAUUGCCGAGCGCUGCAAAAAAGGAAAUGGUUGUGCCGAGUUUUGGGUCGACCUGCAGCCUUCUGGGAAGGUGAUGAUGUCUGUCCAGUUCUUUGUCGAGGAUACAGACCUAGAUUCAAAGUCCUCAGGGACUGGCAAAGAGGAAGACGGUGUCCUCACUAUAAACAGAAGGAGAGGAGCCAUCAAACAGGCCAAAGUUCACUUUAUCAAGAACCAUGAGUUCACAGCCACCUUCUUCAAACAGCCCACCUUCUGCUCGGUCUGCAGGGAGUUUGUGUGGGGUCUCAACAAGCAGGGCUACAAAUGUAGGCAAUGCAAUGCAGCCAUUCACAAGAAGUGCAUUGAUAAGAUAAUUGGAAGAUGCACAGGAACAGCAACCAACAGUCGAGAUACAGUGUUUCAGAAGGAGCGCUUUAAGAUUGACAUGCCACAUCGCUUCAAGACCAAUAACUACAUGAGCCCGACCUUCUGUGACCACUGUGGGAGUCUGCUGUGGGGAAUGGUCAAACAAGGCCUCAAGUGUGAAGAAUGUUGCAUGAACAUUCAUCAUAAAUGCCAGACCAAAGUUGCCAACCUCUGUGGAAUCAACCAGAAGCUCCUGGCUGAGGCUUUGACUCAAGUUAGCCUGAAAUCUUCCACAAAGCGUCCAGAUCCCUCUCUGUCGGAUAUUGGAAUCUAUCAAGGCGUAGAUAAAAACAUGCCAGCGGACCCUAGUGGGGAGGGCUCUCAGUAUGGAAAACUGUGGGACAGUAUGACCCCUGCUGCUCCCAGCACCACCAUCACAUCCCGCGUCUCCAUAAGCAACUUUGUUUUCCACAAGGUACUAGGGAAAGGCAGCUUUGGAAAGGUGAUGCUCGCUGAGCUCAAAGGAAGGGGAGAAUAUUUUGCUAUAAAGGCCCUGAAGAAGGAUGUGGUGCUUAUGGACGAUGACGUGGAGUGCACAAUGGUGGAAAAAAGAGUGUUAGCAUUAGCCUGGGAAAACCCUUUCCUCACACACCUCUACUGCACCUUUCAGUCGAAGGAGCACUUAUUCUUUGUGAUGGAGUAUCUGAAUGGAGGAGAUCUGAUGUUCCACAUUCAGGAUAAGGGCCGUUUUGAUUUGUACAGAGCCACGUUUUAUGCUGCUGAAAUCAUCUGUGGACUACAGUACCUCCAUUCUAAAGGAAUUAUAUACAGAGAUUUAAAGUUGGACAAUGUGAUGCUGGACAUCUAUGGACAUAUUAAGAUCGCAGACUUUGGGAUGUGCAAAGAGAACAUGCUUGGAGAAAACAGAGCAACCACGUUCUGUGGCACACCAGAUUAUAUCGCUCCUGAGAUCCUGCUGGGACAGAAAUACAGUUUCUCUGUGGACUGGUGGUCUUUCGGCGUGCUGCUCUACGAGAUGCUGAUCGGCCAGUCGCCGUUCCAGGGCGAUGAUGAGGAUGAGCUGUUCGAGUCGAUCCGCAUGGAUGUACCUCACUACCCACGAUGGAUUACCAAAGAGGCCAAAGACCUGCUGGAGAAAUUAUUUGAGCGGGAUCCAACUCGACGGCUUGGUGUUGUGGGAAAUAUCCGUGGACAUGCCUUCUUCAAGACAAUCAACUGGCCUGCUCUGGAGAAACGAGAGGUGUCUCCCCCAUUCAAGCCAAAAGUGAAAUCCCCCAAUGACUGUAGCAACUUUGACCGGGAGUUCCUCAGUGAGAAGCCCCGUCUCUCUCAAAGUGACAAGAACCUGAUAGACUCUAUGGACCAGUCUGCCUUUGCUGGUUUCUCUUUCAUUAACCCCAAAAUGGAGACCAUUAUGGAGAAAUAAGACAUUCUGACCUGGACAAAUAAGACACUCUAAACCUGCCCAACUCAAAUCAGAAACGGCGUACAGGAGCCAGAGUUCAACCAGUGUUACACUUGUUAUACUGUCUGGAUGGUCCAAAUAGAUAAUGCUGUAUUUAUGUCUUCUUUAAUCAAAUGAUCAAAACUUUAAAUCAAAAAUGUAUUUGAUGAUGUACUAUAUUUGUAAUUGUAAUAUCCCUAAUAUAUAUAUAUAUAUAUAUAUAUAUAUAUAUAUAUAUAUAUAUAUAUAUAUAUAUAUAUAUAUAUAUAUAUAUAUAUAUAUAUAUAUAUAUAUAUAUAUAUAUAUAUAUAUGAUCAUGUGAUUAAAAAAAUACCCUUACUAUCAUCCACACAAACAGACAGGAAGGGAUUCUAGAAACCCAAAAGAAAGGGACUGUAUAUUUUAGUCUGUUUAAUAUGCUGGGACUUUGCAAUUUGAUUGAAAAGUGGCCUUCUUAACACUCUUGAAUCCUUCUUGUUUGCCCUCAUACAAUGUUUCAUUGUUAAACAUAGAAUCUCAUACUAAGGUUUGUUUGUGGGAUGAUUUGGUGUUUAUUUUUAUUUUUAUAUAUAUAUAUAUAUCUAUCCUUUCUUGUUGAUCUGAAACAAGUUUUCCAUUCUAAGUUUUAACUGUAAGAUGCUGAUUUUGCCAGCGUGAGCGGAGCAUGCACAAAAUAGUGUUUUGUUUUCCACUAUGGAUCUAUAAAUAAUGUAAGUCUUGUGUAGGUGAACCUAAAACCUCUGAAAUAUGAAAACCUAGUCUUGCUAGACAUAUUGUUUAUACAUUGGGUUACUUUUAUGGUACUGUAAUAAGUAGUAUAUUGGUACAGUAUGUUGGUGGGUGGAGGAUAUACAUCUGAGCAUGUGAGAGUAUAAAUAUAUGGACUAUUAUUUAAUGUUGCUAUUUUAAUAAAGUAUGAUACUGUAUAUAACAAUAUAUGUAUAUUGUUCUGAACUGUUGUUGUUACUGGAGGUAAUAAUGAGUUUUGUUUUGUUUUUUACACUGAAUUUACUCCACACCAUUAAAGGUUUCUUCAACUUUAA